GGCUCUUCUAACGUCUCUAAACCCGGAUGUUUCAUCGGGAACUCUACGUGCGUAUUUUCCCAUCUAGCUUCGCCGUCUCCACGUUUACCCUCUUCCCGUGUCGGCUGCCUUUGCGAAGGACGUCUCGCGAGAGUUAAGAGAGAGAGAGAGAGAGAGAGAGAGAGAAAGAAAGAGAAAGAGAGAGAGAGGUGGAAAACUCAAUGCGGCAGUCCUGAAAACGGGGAUAACAGCUUCAGGAGCGCUUGGAUGCCCGGAAAGUAGGUCACGGAAUAUUUUCCCUAACCAUUUGGUCUCGGGAGAGUUGGCGAUUCAUGGACCCCCGACUCAGCCCUCCCAAAACCCGGCUGCGGAAAAGGUGGAAGAGAGCCGUUUGGAAGCCAAAGAGAUGUCCGCCCGCAGCUGUCCCCGACCUACAGCUCCACCACUGCGACAUCUGCGGGAAGGACAUCAAGCACCAGUCCAAUUUCCGCGAACACCAGCGCAUCCACACGGGCGAGCGCCCGUACCAGUGCAAGCGUUGCCAGAAGACCUUUGUCCGGGGCGCCGACCUCAUUAAGCACCGCCUGGUGCACUCGGCCAUCCGGCCCUUCCGCUGCCGGAUCUGCGGGAAGCAGUUCAAGCUGCAGGCCGACCUGGACAAGCACAGCAAGGUGCAUUCGGACGAGGCCCCCUUCCCCUGCCACCUGUGUCCCAAGCGGUUCAAGCGCACCUCCUGCCUGGUGAAGCACCUGCGGAUCCACACCCAGGAGAAGCCCUUUGCCUGCUCCCACUGCAGCCGGCGCUUCAAGUGGGAAGCCUCGGUCAAAGAGCACGAGCGGGUCCACACGGGCGAGCGUCCCCACCGCUGCGACCAGUGUGCCAAGACCUUCACCCACCGCUCCACCUUCCUGCAGCACCAGCGCACCCAUCAGAAGUACCCUGCCUUCAGCUGCAAGCAUUGCGCCAGGUCUUUCAAUCACAAAUCCAACCUCCUGAAGCACGUCCGUCGGUUGCACUCUUAGGCAGAGGUCCCCAACCUUUUGGGCACCAGGGACCGGUUCCGUGGAGAGAGGUUUUUCCGCGGACUGGAGGGUGCGUGGUUUUGUAUACUGGCAGCAUCCUGUGGAUGGGAUUUUGCUUGUUUGUGCGGACCGGUUGCUGCCAUGCCAUGGCCCGGUAGUGGUCUAUGGAUCGGGGGUUGGGGACCCCUGCUCUUAGGGGCCAGAGGGUGGGUGAGGAAGGGAUCCACAAGUGACCCCCCGCCCCUGUUUCCCAGGGUGCCCAAAGACUCUGUGAGAUGCGCAGCGGCCUUCUGAUUGGCGAAAGCUCAAAUGAGACAAUUCUCUGUAAAUUGUCUUGUAGAAGAAGUAGCAGCCAACAAAAAUGGAGGCGUUCCCUUUGACUGAUGAUGUUACCUAGCUGGGUAGUGAAAGGUCCGCAAGAAAACCACUAAGCUCAGAGAGCAGCCAAGGCCCCCUUCUUGAUCUUUUCCCGCCCCUCUGCCAAAAUUAGUGCGUUGUAUUCAUUUGUACAAAGAAGUAUAUUUCUCACGAGAGGAACCAGCAAGAGAAGAAUCCCAAGUGCCAAUCAAAACGUUUUGACGUGUUUUGGAAAACGUUUUUUUCUUUUUCGUCCACUCGGAGGAUAUCAAAAUUUCAGAAUGACUGACAUCCUUUAAACCAGUGGUUCUCAACCUUUUUAAUGCCGCGACCCCCCAACCGGUCGUAAGUCGAGGACUACUCAACUGGUGCAGCACCGUUUGCAGAAUGGGACUUUUGGUGGGCUCAGCAGGGCAG